AUGCAGACGUCUCUAGUGUUGUUGGUGCUGCUGGCCGUGGCCUCCACCACUGUGGCAAAGCCCAGAAAUCGCUUCACAAGAUACCCAUCAUGGAACAGUAAGAUGUACCCUAUCUGGAAGGACUCGGACGCUCGCUACAAAGACUCUUGGAAAGGUGGAAAAGUGACAUUCAACGUGGGAAACGAUGCUCCUACUCUGACUGGAGCCAAAGUCACCUUCACCAUUGACCUAGAGUACCCACACAACCAAAAGCUUCAACCCAACGGAGAGGUGGUCUGGGCUGAGGACUUUAUACUGAAUGGUACAAAGUACAGUGAAUCGGAGCCCGUGUAUCCGUCAGAGAACAUUGAGGCAGAGGGGGUGUUCCCCGAUGGAAAACCUUUCAACAACGACAAGAAUCCCAGCUACGUGUUUGUGUGGAAGACAUGGGGUCAGUACUGGCAGGUGUCGGACGGCCCGUCCUCCUCCCUGACCAUCGACACCGACGGCGUCCCCCUUGGCUCUUACACCGUGGACAUCGUCAUCUACCACUACCGCAGCAAGCAGAAGUUCAUCCCUAUGGGCUACGCCUCCACUCAGUUCUCCAUCACUGAUCAGAUCCCCUUCGCCGUCUCGCUGGACCAAGUGAACGACAUCGUGGCCGGCGACCUGCGCUUCAUCCAGAACCGGGCCAUCGCCUUCACCAUCGCCCUGCACGACCCCAGCCAGUACCUGCGCACCGCCGACACCACCUUCAACUGGGACUUUGGGGACCAGAGCGGGGCCCUGAUCUCCAGAGAGCUGACAGUGACCCACACCUACAUCCAGGCCGGCUCUUACAAGCCCCAGGUGGUGGUCCAGGCCGUCAUCCCGGACAAGGCCUGUGACCCCCCAGUCGAACCCACUCAGCCCCCCCCGCCCCCCGCCGACCUGGGCACCACAGUGAGGGUGUCAGCGCUGGGCUCUGCUGUCCCUGUUCUGGGGUCCCCCAAGGCCCUCAACGUGAACGCUGCUCCCUCUGACACCGAGGGGGAGAGCCCCGAGGAGGAGGCCUCCACCAGCCUGCCCGCCGCCCGUUCAGCGCUCGCUGGGACCCCAACGCCGUCUCCCACGACGCCGCUCGCCAGGCCCCGCCCGGACCUGCCGGCCGUGAGUACAGCUGGCGGUGUGCGUGCUGGGAAGACUCUGACGGGCCAAGCCGUGGUGGCGGUGGUCUCUAAGCGAGCCGCUGGAGACAAGCCCUCUGAGGACGACGACUGUGUGAUCUAUCGCUACGGCUCCUUCUGCACUGGCAUCCAGGUGAUCGAGGGGAUUGAGAAAGUCGAUAUAAUGCAUAUGGACAAUGCUUUGAUGCCGACGACUGAGAAGCAUGUCAUAGAUCUUACGGUGACCUGCCAGGGAAGCCUCCCCAAAGAGGUGUGUAGUGUGAUCCUGGAUGCAGAGUGCCUGAGACCCCUUCACACAGAGUGCAACAUGGUGGAACCCACCAAGGAAUGCCAGCUGGUGCUUCGUCACUUCUUCAAUAACUCGGGGGUCUACUGCAUUAACGUGUCCAUGGCCAACGAUGUCAGUCUGGCUGUGGCCAGCGCUAAAGUCAGCGUUCACAUGGACUCCAGCCUGUCCCCGACCGGCGCUGGAGCCUUGGUGCUGGGGGUCCUGGCCGUGGCGUUGGCCGUAGGAACAGCGGCAUUCUCCUACAAGCGUUUUAAGGUCUAUCGUCCUCUGAAGGAGGACUUACUGCCGGCAGAGGCUCAGGGCAGCCUGGCCCCAGCCUGCUCUGGAACAACGAUGUUCCAGAACUAUCUGCACCGCCAGGGAGCCGUCGACCACUGUCCUCUACUGCAGGACAGGCUGGUGUGA